CGGCAGACGCCGGAAGCGGCGGUUGGAGCUGACGGGGGACGCCUCGCCUCAGCGGUGGGCGGCGGGCAGCGGCAGGCCGCGGCCGGGCCUCACGGAGCGGGGAGCAGGCUGUGCUCCGGCCGGCCCGCACAGCCCAGCACGGCACAGCCCAGCACGGCACAGAACGGCGUGUCCCGUCAUGAGCUGCCGGCAGCAGAGCGAGCGCGGAGCAAGGCAGAGGAAGAGGAAGCGGAAUGGUAGUGAAGGUGAUGAUGACAUUCCCCAGAGAAAGUACAAUACCCGGAGUGCUGUCCUUCGAGACUCUUGGGACCCUGAGUCUUCCAGCAGCGAUAGCAGCAGCUGUAGUAGCAGUGGCAUCAACAGCCCUGAGCGAGCGUGCAGUGCAGAAACCAGCCUACACCCCAUCAUUGCGGAAUCCAGCCCUGUCUCCUCUGAGUCCUUCCAGGAGCAGUCUGCAAUAAGUCAAGGUCCUUACAUUCAGAUCAACCGGAUCCUGAAGGAGGCACACUUCCACAGCCUCCAGAGCCGGGGACGCCUCCUACAUGAAACAACAGCUCCCCGCCUCCUCCGAAGGGACAGCACUAUCUAGAUUUGAUUCCGCUCGGCAAAAAGUAGAAUUGCACAACAUGCCUGUUGCCUUUUCAGUCUAUAUUUGAAAUAACAGGUUAACAGGGAAUUGUUUACUUGUGGUUUGCUGCACUAUUGCAAUGCAAAAGGGGCUUUUAAGCAAUUUUUAUAGGAUUCGUUUUUGGGGUGGUUUUAAAGUACUUGUCAAGAGGAGACUUGAGGAAUCCACAUUUGUGUUAUAGGAUUGCAAAAUGUCCAAUUCCAGUCGACUGCCUAAUCUGUUUGUUAGCAGUUUAUUGCUUUCUGUAAAGUUCUUUCCAGCGUUCAUCUUCAGUUUUAUAAGUCUUUUUUUAAUUUCAGUAAACUAGUAAAAAAUGAAUUUGGCAACAUAAUUCCUUUGAGCAUUGAGAGUCACCGAGACAGGAAGAAUAGGUGCUACUACUGGAAUCUAUUAGGACUGCUCCAGUGGCAAACUUCCCACCUAACUCAGUGCAGGGCAAGCUUUAUCUGGAUGGAGCUUUACUGCUGCAGUACUGAAAUGUGAAACUAGAAGCAGGGUUUAGAAGCAGGAAGGUUCAGGCAGCUGGAGCUGCAGUGCCGGGUGCAUGUUGGGUUCACCCUGGAGCAGACUGGUGGUACCUGAUGGCAAGAGGAGUCUGAUGUUGCUCCAGCGCCUGUUUCUAGCUGUGACAUGUUUUGUUUUCUGUUAGUGUGUAGGUUGUUUUGGGGUUUUUUCUUUAAUUUGAUUUUAAGGCUAGCAACUUGCAAGGAACAGGAGGUGCAAGAGUAGCUGCAGCCAGAGGACAUCCCUGACCUGCGCCUGGUUCACGUGGCGCACUGUGACCUGGCUAAGGCUCCUCUUCUGACAGCACCAGCAGAGGUGGCCCCGGUCCCUGCCAAGGGGGGAGAACGACCUCAGUGAAGACAGACACACAGCCACAUGUUUCAGUUUUUACUGGGUCACUUGGUCAUGCCAGAAAGCCAGCCCAGCUUGAAGAGAGAAGGUGCUGCUGUGUCUUCCUCCUCGGUUACAAGCUGCCUGAACAAAGAGCCAGGCCGUGACACCUCGUCUUCUGCUCUUGGGAGUACAGGAGGUGGAACCUGUUAGUUCAUAUAACAAAAGCAUCUGUAACUAUUAGAGCAUACCUCUGAAUUCUCCCUGCCCUCAAUUACAGCUACUGCAAGGAGAUGUAGACUACAAAACAGCUCUUCCCAGGGAAUGGGAGCUUGAACCACAACCGAAGCAGUGCCACUCCAGGCAGUGAGUGACAGACUGUUCUGAGCAGCAGAAGCACAGCAUCUGGCUGUUGUUAGCAACAGGUGACUCUUUUGAUGUCAUUCAAAGCUGAUUUUAACCUCUCCAGAACCAUUUGAGCAUAAAAAGAAGGAGCAAGCAUCUGUCAGGUGUUGACAGAAGUGUGGCUAGCACUGAAUACACGUGCCACCACAGCAGGCGAGGGGAGUGGUAGAGCGAGCCACACACCACUGCACACUUCUACUCCAGCUGAGGUGUAAGAGGUAAAGAAUACCUUUAGGGUGAAGCUUUGGGCUUUCAAACAGCCCUCAUACUGUGUCUGGUCUCCGUUAUUCAUGGUCUGAAUAAUGGAGAACAGGAGUUGCAGAGUAAACUGCAUCAGCAUCUCAGGUAACACUCAGCUCUGAUAUAACCAGACCUUUUCUGUCCCCAUUGAAGGGGCAUAACCAUAGAUGGAUUAUUGUGUUAAUAAUAGCUAAAGGAAAGAGAUUACUAAUUACUGCGUCCUGUAGCAGUGAGGUAUUCCUUGGCUCUCAAGCCUCAGCACAGAGAACUCCAUCUAAGUGGAUGUUUUAAAUGUAGCAACGUAAGUUGUCUACUUCUAAAACUCAGAAACAGGACAACACAAAGCCUCUGCAAGGGAAGCAAACCACUCUGCUCACACAGGCUUCAAUACCCAAGCCAGGCUUCGUCUGGAGUUAGAGGUCCGCAUCCCACUGGAAAGGAGUUCAGAUAAUUAGCUUGUAUCAUAGAAUCAUAGAAGAGUUAGGGUUGGAAAGGACGUUAAGAUCAUCUAGUUCCAACCCCCCUGCCAUGGGCAGGGACAUCCUUCAAGAGUUCUUGCAGCCAUCUUUAAAUGAAUUGUCUUCUAUGCAAUGACCUCAGAAUGCCUCAUCCCUGCAUUUUUAUGGUGGUUAUUGCUAAUGUUUUACCACAGAGCCCCCAGAAUACAGGGGCCAUUAGUUGGUUUGUUGAGGGUCAAGGGGAAACCCAUCUUGUGCUGUGUUGCUGCAAUGGUUCUCUGGUUUUACCGAAAGUAAAGAUGAGGUUAAACAUAAA